CCCGGAGCCGAGAGGCGGCGGGGCCCGGCGCGGGGCGGGCAGCCCGGAGCCGCCUCUGCGGCCCUCCCCUCAGCUGGGGCUGCGCCUCCGGCCCAGCCUCGCACCGCUGGCCGGCAGGAGGGAGCCGGGGUUGGGUGCCCGCCCCGUUAGAGCCGGCAGCCGCGGCUCCUUCUCCGAGCGGCGAACCAGCUGAAAAUGUCUCAGAAUCCUGACAGGCCACAUUCAAGUGCAGAAAAGCUGAGUGGUUCAGAGGAUGGUCAAGAGGAGAGCCUGGACAACCCAGAUCAAGCUAUCAGGAAAAGAAUACGACAGAGUGCCCCAGGGUCACACAGAGAUGAUACACCAAAGUCAAGUCCUCCUCGGCCUGUGUCAAUAGAAGAGCUCAUGGAAGCAGCUAAGGGAGUAACCAACAUGGCAUUAGCACAUGAAAUUGUUGUUAAUGGAGACUUUCAGAUAAAACCAGCUGAAUUACCAGAACACAGCUUAGAAAGAAAAGUGAGAGAUAUUGUGCAUAAAGCUUUUUGGGAUUGUCUGGAAGCUCAACUAAAGGAAGAUCCACCAACAUAUGACCAUGCAAUAAAACUACUGGGAGAAAUCAAAGAGAAUCUCCUGUCUUUCUUGUUGCCUGGUCAUACAAGACUGAGAAGCCAGAUUACAGAAGUUCUUGAUUUGGAUUUGAUAAAACAGGAGGCAGAGAACGGGGCCCUUGACAUUUCAAAGUUGGUUGAAUUUGUUAUUGGGAUGAUGGGGACUCUCUGUGCUCCAGCUCGAGAUGAAGAAAUUAAGAAACUGAAAGACAUUAAUGAAAUAGUUCCUCUGUUCAGAGCAAUUUUCUCUGUAUUAGACCUAAUGAAAAUGGAUAUGGCAAACUUCGCUGUCAGUAGUAUUAGGCCAAAAUUAAUGCAGCAGUCUGCUGAAUAUGAAAGAAAGAAGUUUCAGGAGUUUCUUGAGAAACAGCCAAAUUCUUUAGACCUUGUCACAAGGUGGUUGGAAGAAGCAGCAGAUGAUCUUGCAAAGCUGAGAUGUAAAAUGUUGCCUCCCCACUGCAGCAGUGAUGGUGCUACUGCUGGAGAUUCUGCCUUGUGCUCCACUGCUGUACAAAAUCAGGCCUAUCUGAAGCUCCUGAAAUGGGAUCAUUUAAACAGGCCUUUUCCAGAAACCGUGCUGAUGGACCAGACCCGCUUUCAGGAAAUACAGCUGGAGGUGGAGCAACUCCUCCUGCUGGGGACAGUCCUCCUGGUCACCUUCAGUGCAGCCGGCUCAGCGCUCGCUGAUGUGCCCGGGUUUGCUGAGAAAAUCAAAACCAUUGUCAAGGUGCUGCUGACAGGAAUGCAUCUCCCGUCCUUUAACCUGAAGGAAUCUUUGGCUACCAUCGGUGAAAAGGUGUGUGCUGAAGUUAACAGCUGCCUCUCCCAGCAUGGGUUUACACCAUUCUCAGCUGAGAGAGAGACUGUACUUAAGGGACAAAUCCAAGCAGUGGCCAAUCCAGAUAACACCAUAUGCAAACUCAUAGAUGCUCGAAUUCAAAAGUUUCUGGAGAAUUAUCUUGCAUCUGGUCACCAGAAAUCAUUACCUGCUAUUCCUGGAGGAUUAGGCCCUAUUCAAAGAGAGCUGGAAGAAAUUGCUGUCAAGUUUGCUCGUCUUGUCAACUACAACAAAAUGGUCUUCAGCCCUUACUAUGAUGCAGUCCUUGGCAAAAUACUGACUAAGGAAGAAUCCCAACUUGUAGGGAAGUCAGAAGAAUCAUAAAACCAGUUUGCUCCUGAUACGGUUAAGCUGUGUAGAGUAUAUAUUAACAUGAAGCUUUGUUCAUUAAGUGGAAGAGCACUGCGGGUACCCAGGAGCAGACUGUGUCAGCGUGCACUCCUGGACAAUCCACAUCAGAGUCUGUUCUGAGUUUGUCUUCUUUCAACAGCCAUGGAAUUAAAAGCAGAAGUAUACUGUACCCUCUAGAAAAAAUGGAAAAAAAGCUAAGUCUAAUAUGUAUGCUCUGAUCAAUUUCCUGUGAUGGUCUUAUUAACAUUGCUUUUGAAGUGGCUGAGUUAUAUUUAAGAAGUAACUUGUUGUGUUUGAAUAAAACCAGAAUGAGGCA